AUGAGCUCUCCCGACAAAGUGUCCGUUUGGGGGGCUGGUUUCGACCUGGAGGGUGGCGAGCAGGCUGGCACCCGCACGGUCAGCCCCGGAGCCCCACAGGGCCAUGGCCGUGGCCGAGGCCUCGAUUUGGGGGCACCGUGCAGCGGCAAGGGCCAGAGCAGGUUCACAGAUCCUGAGGGCUUCAGCUUCGAGCCUGAGAGCGAAUUGAUAGAGCAGGGAAGGGUGGUACUCUGGGGCCGGGAAGGCCGGCCUGGCACCCCCGUCGAUGACCAAGGGGAUGGUGUGGACUACUCUUUCUACCUGGCUGAUGAGUCAGCCAGCAUCAUGCCGCCGCCCAGCGUUCAGAGACACCCGUUCCCUGAAGGCACCGCUACUGAAGGGUCCGCUGAAAACCGGGUGGACCUGGAGGUCGAUCCCAGUGGGAGUGGCGCGCUGGGCCCCAGCCCUGGAGAAUGGCAGCAGGCCUCUGCCGGUCGUCUCCACCUCUGUGGUCCUGGGUCAGGCCGGGCCUGGGAGAACCCAGAAAGGGGCUCGAAGAGCAGAUUGAGCGUCCAAGUGGAUCCCCAGCAGCCUUCUGCAGAAGGCCCCGCCAGGAUGUCUACUCACGACUCUGAUUCCUCCGAUGAGACCAGUGACUUACCACUGAUGAGGGUGGGCAUUCGCCACAAAGAAGGAAGCCAAACCAAGUCCGGCAGCCGCAAGAAGGCAGCAGACACAUCCAGACACUCAAGCUUCCACUGCAAGGAGAGUUACCUGCCCGUGCCGGGCCGUUUCCUGACCUCUGCUCCCUGCGGACUCACUCCAGUCAUGGAGAGGCCGGCUGUGGGAGAGCUGGAGGACUCUCCCCAGAAGAAAAUGCAGAGCAGGGCCUGGGGAAAGGUGGAGGCCAGGCCCAGCUGCUCAGGAGCUGCCACUGCAGGGGCCGUGCCCCGGGGCCCUUCAAGGAGGAAGAUGGCCCAGGAGAAGAAGUCCCAAGGGGGUGCCUCUCAGCUGGCCCUGGGGAGAUCCUUUCCUGCCUGCGGAGAGAGACUCUCAGCCGCUCCCCCGGAGCCGGCCACCUUCCCGCCAUUCUCCGGUGUGCGGCCACACGGGAUGUCCAAGAAACCACAAAAGCCUAAGCACAGCGGCCCUGGGAAGAAACCUGCAGGAAGGAAGACCAGGGAGUCCCAGGUUGCGGCCAGAGAAGAUAAUGACCCAAAUAGAGAUGAGGUCCCAAGGGCCCAACUUCCCACACACAGGCCAGGGCUGCCUCGCCUAUCCGUGCAUCGUGGGGAACUCAGCAGUCGCAACCCCAACAUCAGAGCUCCCCAAGUUCCGGGAACUUCAGAGCCCUCUGCCUACAGCCUGGGAGGCCUCCUGCCCAGACGUCAUGCACCCUCCGGUGACCAGCAGCCACCUGUCCAUCCUCCAAGACCAGAAAGGCAGCAGCAGCCCCCAGGAGCCCAGGGCUGUCCUCGGUGCAUCCGGCUGCAGAGGGAAGUUGAGGACCUUAGAGACCAACUAGCGGCCAUGAAGUCCUUCACUGACAAGUUCCAGGACCUUUGA